GGCGAUUCAAAAAAAGAAAUUAAAAACAAUUAUUUCACUCGGUAUUAAUGUAUUAUAAUGUGGAAAUCAUAAUUAAUAUAAACGACAUUAUAAUUAUAAAAUACCACACCCGUCACCCGUGGUUCAUUGAUUCUAUAUAACAAAGUUUACAGCAUAGAAAAAUAAAUAAAUACAACAACAAAUUUAAAAUACAUUAAAACGAAAGCAAGAAAGUAAUCGAAAAAAACCAGCAGCUGCCAAUCAGAAGCAGCCCACCACCGAAAAGCGGCGGUUCAACGUUAAAGAAAGCAACUUUCGACUGCUGCGGCGGUGGGUUUCGUAAAAUCGUUGAUCAAAAUUAGCGCUGCAGGAAUCGGUGAGUCGACUCAGCCAUGGGCCAGGAAUCGUUCAUAUACAGCUUCGUGGCGCGUGGCACGAUGGUGCUGGCGGAGUACACCGAGUUCACCGGCAAUUUUCCGGCGAUCGCAGCUCAGUGCUUGCAGCGGCUGCCGUCGACCAACAACAAGUUCACAUACAACUGUGAUCACCACAUUUUUAACUUUUUAGUUGAAGAUGGAUACGCUUACUGCGUCGUUGCCAAAGAAUCCGUAGGGAAACAGAUCUCAAUCGCACUUUUGGAACGCAUUAAAGCCGAUUUCAGGAAAAGAUAUGGCGGUGGUAAGGCCGAUACAGCAGUUGCAAAAAGUCUCAACAAAGAAUUCGGGCCUCUGAUGAAAGAACACAUGCAAUAUAUCAUCGAUCACGCUGAUGAGAUUGAGAAACUAUUGAAAGUUAAAGCUCAAGUUUCCGAAGUCAAAAGUAUUAUGUUGGAGAAUAUAGACAAGACAAUAGAAAGAGGCCAAAACCUAACUGAUCUCAACGACAAGGCUCAAGACCUGCGUGAAUCGGCUCAAGUGUUCAAGAAGCAAGGGACGCAAAUCCGACGAAAGAUGUGGUACCAAAACAUGAAAAUAAAGUUGGUUGUGCUCGGAAUCCUCCUCCUCCUAAUCCUCAUCAUCGUCCUCUCUAUUUGCCGGGGUUUUAACUGUUAGUAUUCUCAGCUCAGCUCGCCUCGGCUCGGCUGGCUCGAUCAUAUUGGAACUCUUCUUCCCCUUUCUCUUCUUGGGGCCAUGUUUUAUUCCCAUGUAAUUGAUUCAGCUGUUUUUCCAUGUAAAAUAGACAGAAUAUAUAUAUUUUUUUUCUUUUCAGCUUUACUUACAUAAGGAAUGAUAGAGAAGAUUUGAUAGAUACAA